CUGGAGGCGGGGGGGGGGGGGGGCAGGCUGACGCGUCGCCUCUGGGAGAACCGGGAGACCCGCGGCGAGCAGAGUUGAGGACCGGCCAGCGGGGCGUCCCGGGGCUAGACCUGGGAGAUGUCCGAGUGACUGGGGGAGCCCCGGCCGUGCAAGGUGAGACAACUCAGAGAAGCGGGCGGAAGGCCAGGCGGGUGACCGGCGGGACCUUCCCAGAGCCCAGCGCACCUGGGAACAGGCGGCGUUGAGGUGGCAGCUGGGUCAGGGUGCCUCCGACCGCGGACACCCACUGCUGAGCAUGGAGACAUUCCUUCUGAAGAACCAGGAAAGAGGUGCCAGUUUGCGAGAGGGGCGGAACUAACUUCCAGCCAGGGCCCGCUGUGCGCCAGGCACCGAGCUGAGCGCUCGGAUAAGGAGUGCGCGGCGGCGAAGCGGCCAAGGCAGUAAAGAGUGAUCUUUCCAGACGUUUGGCAGUGAGCCGGAGAGGCCUGCAGUUCAAGAGGUAGUAAGAGUAACGGAGACAGAUCUUUGCGGAGUUGAAAAGAGUUAUUAGGAAUCAAGAAAGGAAGGGAACCUGGCUGGCUCAAUCGGUAGACUUGAGAUACAGAUUGAACUUCAGACAAGGCCGGACUACCCUGUAAACGAGAGACAACUUUUCAUCUGAAUGAACAGAAUCACAGACUACAAUGAAAGGGGGAAAAAAAUGUAUCUUGACUGUGACAGUCCAUAGAAGCUGUCUUACUCACCACUGUUGGAAUAUCAUAGAGACAAUCUCCUGUGCUGCCUCCCACUGGCUGAACCCAAGAGGAAGCCUAAGGGCAAGUGAGCCCUGAUGACGUUGUCCUUCAAGGCCAGCCUCCGGAAAAUGAUGGAGGGUAGAUCUGGAAGGACAGAGGCACAAUAUCUAGCAGUGAGCAUUGUGAAAGGGGAAGUAUGAGGAGCUGAGUGGCCGCCUGGGAGAAUAAUGGACUCCGUCUCCGGAGAUAAGGGAAGGCUUCAGGGGUGGAGGAAGGAAGGAAGAUUGAAGGAGCAACAGCUGUAUUAUCAAGUCCUAAAUUUUGGAAUGAUAGUUUCCUCGGCACUAAUGAUCUGGAAGGGGUUAAUGGUCAUAACCGGAAGUGAAAGUCCGAUCGUAGUGGUGCUCAGUGGCAGCAUGGAACCUGCAUUUCAUAGAGGAGAUCUUCUCUUUUUAACAAACCGAGUUGAAGAUCCCAUCCGAGUGGGAGAAAUUGUUGUUUUUAGGAUAGAAGGAAGAGAGAUUCCUAUAGUUCAUCGAGUCUUGAAGAUUCAUGAAAAGCAAAAUGGACAUAUCAAGUUUUUGACCAAAGGAGAUAAUAAUGCGGUUGAUGACCGAGGCCUCUAUAAACAAGGACAACACUGGCUGGAGAAGAAGGAUGUCGUGGGGAGAGCGAGGGGAUUUUAUCAGGAGAACAGAUCAGUGGAGGACAGGAAUUGUAAGUUGUUGAUGUGAGGACAUACGGAAUUGUUACUACCCUCAUGUUAUUAAUAGUAUUAACGAUAACUCACAUUUACCAGGGCUUACUAUGUGCCAGAGACUCAUUCUAAAAUCUUUACAAGUAUUACCUCAUUUUAACCUCAGAGCAACCCUAAUAUUUCCAUUCUACAGAUGAGGAAACACAGACAAGUUAGGCUGCUUAUCCAAGGCCACGCUGACGAUGGGAGGCGUCUGGCCAACUCUCGAACCCACCCUCUGGACCAUCCCACCAAAAGUCCUGGCAUAAUGCUUCUGAAGUGGAUAGCUGCCGGUUCUCACUAUUUAGAUGACCCAUGGGGCUCUGACCCCUGUCAGAACGUCCCCUCCUUCUAUAGACACUGGGUUCACAGUGAUUCCGCUGGAGAUCAGCCACCACGCUGAGGAGUUCCCUUCCCACAGAGAACGCAGCGUGAGAGAGCUGCCUCAGCUGUAGCGUGAGAGGUGUUGGUUUGGGGCCAGAGAGAUUGGAGCAGCACAAGCACUGGUGUGUUUUGUCUCUUGUAAAGCUGUUUGUGUGCAUGCCUCCAGUUCGAGGGAACUCCUUUUCCUAUGUUGGAGCUAAGUAUACCUUUUUUUAAAAAAGAUUUUAUUUACUUUUAAGUAAUCUCUACACCCGGGGCGCCUGGGUGGCUC